GGAGAGCAGCAGCUUCAGAGCCGCCGACUGAUGAUGGAAACACGGAUGGAGCUUUAGUAGAGAGCCGGGGAGGAGAUGCUGCGGAUGCUGUGAGACAAAGCGAGCCGUGUUUAAGCCCGCGUCAGCCUCAGCUACACCUGCCGUGGAUGAUUAUCUCGAUGGGUUGUGGAGGGAGUCGGGCGGACGCGAUCAUCGAGCCGAGGUACCAUGAAAGCUGGACAAGAGAAACAGAAUCGACAUGGCUUACUAACACGGAUGUAGAGACCCCUCUUCCAGUAGCAAACAGUAAACCUCUGGAAGCCAACAUAAGGGAGAAGAGGAUGGUGAACACGGGCACCCAGUGUGGGAAGCAGGCCCUCACCACCAGCAGCUCCAACCACCAGAGGAGACCCAGGCGCUCUUUUAGUGAUGUAGGUGUCACUGGUAGCAGCAAUCUACUCGUGACUCCAAAAGGAGGUCAUCAAAGGAGGCCAGUGCUUUGUCUAAGGAUGGGCAGCCGGUAAGCGCCAACAGCAGUGAUGAUCCAGAACCUGAAAACGCCUGUGACGAAAGAUGAACCUCCGCAAGGAGGAAGACGGCUGUAGGUGCGAAUGCCUCUCCAGAGGACAAGAUGGUGAUUUGCAGACAUGCGUGGCUGAUUUUAUUUUAUUUUUUUUAUUUUCUAUUUUUUUGCAAGAUCCUGGCUGUUGUUCGCAGUGAUUUACAACACAAGCACCUGCGUACGUCUCCAUCCAAAGACCUGUGGAUGCUGCAUCUUCGUUGUGCCACUGCAAAUGCAUGUGUGAAGAAGAGAGUGGGUAACGAGCAAUGUUCACACUUUACACCAUGCUUCUCUCCCAUGCUUAUGGUGCCAGUCAGGGAAUGUGUCACUGUGUUCAGCCAGUGUGAAGAAAAAAAAAACAAAAAAGAAAAAAAGAGCAGAUUGUCCCAUAUGCACAUGAUAAUUACAAGCAGUGUGUUCUGUGUGAGGCCUUCCUAAGAAUUUGCUUCAGUUCUUUGUGCAAGUAUACUCCUUUUGUUGUGAAUGAUUAUCAGUAGUAUGGGAACUAAUACCGAUGCUGUUUAACCUCAGUCAAUGCUGUAAGUAAUUUUCAUUUAAAAGAACCAGAAGUGCUGUUUAGAAGCUGAGAUUUGGAGGCGUGAAGCUCGAAGGCUAAAGACUGCCUUUUCCAGCCUUUCGCAAGAUAUACAAACACAUCCGCAUGUGCCUACAAUUAAUCCUGAUUCAAAGUGCUGUUGUGUUCUCUUUCAGUUUGAUUUUUAAAGUUUGCUUUAUACUGUUGUGUUCAAUACUUCUACUUUACUCUCUGUUACGUUGUAAAAUGCACACUUUAUAUUUAGUAUUGUAACAUGUAAAUUUUUUUGGCUUAAUACCGGUCUGCAUGUAUAGAUCGGUGCUAUGUUAAUUUAAUCGAAGUCUCUGCCCAAACUUGAUCAAUAGCAAGCCAUUAAAAAAAAAAUCAAUUAAAAAAAAAAAAAAGCCUAUCCAACAUUUGUAAA